GCGUCCUCCGCUGCUGUCCAAGAUUGGUCCCAAGGCACCUGAAUCCACUCAGACCCUGCUUGGUUCGCCUUAUACCCACUGUUUAUUUGACGCCUCAGCCGUCAGCGACAUCACUGAUCGAUGCAACCACAGCCAAGUCCGAGAUAAUGUAAAACUCGUUAUCUAGUGUACUUCUCAUGUCAGACCGAUGCUGGUAAUUGUGGGGCCAUGUGGACCGUUGCUCGUUACCUUCACACCAGACGUUACCGAAGGUUGGCUCGUGGCAUCUGAGACGAUCACUUAAAGGAGGACCCUCUCCCCGCCGUACAAUCCCCAGCAUCUCUCUCCAGCUUUCGUUGAUCAGUCCUCACCAUGGCACCUCACAGAGAAUCAGAGUCGGGCGUGCCCACCUACUGGGGCAAGUCCGGAAGGAUGUUGCAAGUCCUGAUCACAAUCGUUGCUACCACCGACUUCCUGCUGUUCGGAUAUGACCAAGGUGUCAUGUCUGGUAUUAUCUCCGCCCCCGCGUUCGUCGAAGCUUUCCCCCAGGUUGAAGGCGAUCCUACCUACGAGGGUUUCGUCGUCGCCAUCUACGCUGUUGGUUGUUUCCUCGGUGCCUGCUUCAUCUUCGCUUUUGGAGACAGGCUUGGUCGCCGUAACUCUAUCUUCCUUGGCGCCAGCGUUAUGAUCAUUGGUGUCCUCAUUCAGAUUACCGCAGUACCUCCCAACGCCGGUGCUACUGCUCAGUUCAUCAUUGGACGUUGCAUCACUGGUAUCGGCAACGGUAUCAACACCUCGACCAUUCCUACCUACCAGGCCGAGUGCUGCCGUGCGAAGAACCGCGGAAAGGUUAUCUGCAUUGAGGGCGGUAAUGUCGCUAUUGGCACGUUGAUUGCUUACUGGAUCGACUACGGAUGUCUUUACGGCCCUGACGAGUUCACCUGGAGGUUCCCCAUCGCUUUCCAGUGUGUCUUUGCUGUCAUUGUCCUGAUCAUGAUGACCCAGCUCCCUGAGUCCCCGAGAUGGCUUCUUACCCACCACCGUGAGGAAGAAGCGUCUACUGUCAUGGCUGCUCUGAACGGUCUCCCCCGCGACGACCCCGAGGUCUCUGUCCAGAUGAACAUCAUCAAGGAUGCCAUUCGCCUGUCUGGAGGUGGCGGCAAGACCAAGUUCUCCGCUGUCCUUACCAACGGCAAGUCCCAGCAUCUCCGCCGCAUGCUUUUGGGUGCUUCCUCCCAGAUGAUGCAGCAGCUUUCUGGUUGCAAUGCUGUCAUCUACUACUUCCCCAUUCUGUUCCAGGACGCUCUUAACACCACCCACAACCUUGCUCUGCUCCUCGGUGGUAUCAACAUGGUCGUUUACUCCAUCUUCGCCACUACGUCUUGGUUCCUCGUUGAGCGUGUCGGUCGCCGCAAGCUCUUCCUCAUUGGUACCGUUGGACAGUUGUUGUCUAUGAUCCUCGUCUUCGGCUGCCUGCUCCCCGGCACGGAAUCUGCCGCCAAGGGUGCCGCUGUCGGUCUCUUCACCUACAUCGCAUUCUUCGGUGCCACAUGGCUGCCCCUGCCCUGGUUGUACCCCGCCGAGAUCAACCCCAUCAAGACCCGUGCGAAGGCCAACGCGACCUCUACUAUCUCCAACUGGCUGUGGAACUUCUUCAUCGUCAUGAUCACACCCGUUCUGAUCGACGGUAUCGGUGCCUACACAUACCUGUUCUUCGGUGUCCUCAACGCCUCUUUCUUCCCCAUCAUCUACUUCUUGUACCCUGAGACUUCCGGUCGCUCCCUCGAGGAGAUUGAUCUCAUCUUCGCCAAGGGUUACCUCGAGAACAAGAGCUACGUCCUCGCCGCAAAGGAGCUUCCCGUCAUGGAAGAGUCUGAGAUCUCUCGCUACAACCGCGAGUACGGCAUGGACGAGUCUGAUGAGGAGUCUGGCUCCGGCGCCGACUACAACGAGAAGAAGAGCAGCGAGAAGAACUCCGCUGGACAGGAGGACAUGCUUCCUCGCGACGCUCCUACUGCCUAGAGCUUGAGCGUUCGUAAUGAUUACGAAUGAGUGCACUGUGUGUGCAUUUGAGCGUCGGCUUGCCGACGCACGACAUGGUACAUGUGAAGGAAAUAUACCCGACGUUUCAGUCAAAAUGGUGGCGGCCUCUCCAAUAAUGAGCUUGGUGUAGGUCGAGAUUGUACUCUUUUUGUUCGUUUUCGAUAUCAUAGCCAGUCGAUAGACCGCCCUAUACCCACAGUCAAUAACUACUAUUUACAUCGAAAACCAAUAUUGCCGUUUGUGUGAUGCCACAGAUUUGAACAAACUUUUGCACUGAUUUCCUUUCGACAUGCUCCUGCAUGCAAGCGAAUUCAUGAUAUCUAAAGUGUCUAGAGGAUAAGUCAAUGUGUGACAAUUUUUGGUAUCCUCAAUCGACGACAACAUGAGUCAAAUUGUCAGUGUCGUGGCCACGUGG